AUGGCUGUCUCCGCCCUUGACUCCCGCAUUUUCCGCAACUUGUUCGGAACACAGGAAAUUCGCAAUGUCUUUACCGACGAGGCAUAUGUGCAGUCGCUGAUUGAGGUUGAAGCUGCUUUGGCGCGUGCUGAAGCAGCGGUCGGUGUCAUCCCUGCCGAGGCAGGCAAAGCAAUCACCGAUGCUUUUGCAAGCUUGAAGAUCGACUACGAGCGUCUUGCAAUUGAAACAGACAUUGUCGGGUACCCUGUUCUUCCAUUGGUCCGGCAAUUGGUUGAAAGCACACCGGACGAAAUGGCAAAGUAUGUUCACUGGGGAGCAACAACACAAGAUAUUCAAGAUGAUGCAUCCAUGCUUCAGAUCAAGCGGGGAGUUGCUCUGGUGAAAAGAGAACUUGAGACACUGAAGGGCGUUCUCAAGGAUCUUGCGACAAGGCAUCGUGACACCCCGAUGGCAGGUCGAACUCAUUUGCAGCACGCCCUCCCUUGCACUUUCGGAUACAAAUGUGCCGUAUACCUUUCUAGCGUCCUCCGGCAUCUUGAGCGCAUCGAGGAGAUCGAGCAGCGGUGUCUUCUUGUGCAGUUCGGAGGUGCGGCGGGCACACUGGCCUCGCUGGGCGAGGACGAUACCGGUCUCCGAGUGCGCGAGCACCUUGCAGCAGAACUAGGGUUGAAGAACCCGGAUAUCACCUGGCAUGUUGCGCGGGACAACAUUGCGGAGAUUCUGAAUUUCCUGGCGCUUGUAGGUGGCACAUUGGGCAAAAUUGCUUUGGACGUAAUGAUCAUGUCCUCCAACGAGUUCGAUGAGGUCUCAGAGCCAUUUGUUCCCCAUAGAGGCGCGUCUUCCACUAUGCCACAAAAGCGCAAUCCGAUCUCCAGUGAGGUCAUUCUGGCUGCAUCGAAGAUGCUUCGCGCCAACGCGUCACUGGGGCUGGAUGCGAUGGUAACGGACUUUGAACGCGCAUCUGGGCCAUGGCAUUUGGAAUGGGUAGCUAUUCCUGAAGCUUUCGUGACUGCAGUUGGUGCCCUGCACCAGACAAAUUUCGCACUUGGAGGCUUAGUGGUCAAGGUCGACUCGAUGGAACGCAAUCUGCACUCCACCAAGGGAUUGAUCGUGGGCGAAGCUGUUAUGAUGGGGCUGGCGCCACAGCUGGGACGACAGGGAGCUCAUGAUCUGGUGUAUGAAGCCUGCAAAUCAGCCAUCGAGCAAAACAAGACACUGCUGGAAGUCCUUGAGAAGGUGCCUUCCUUGGCUGGAAUCGCGACGCGGGAGCAGCUGGCUGCCUUCUGCGACCCAUUGAAAUACAUGGGUGCGAGCAAACUGAUGGUCGACGAGAUGGUGAACCGUGCA